ACGUUAAAACGUCUGCCCAAAACGGAAGAAAACUCCUCUCAGGGGUUUUGCAGUUUGCUCCUCCAAAUUCCAAAACGCAGAUCGAAACUGAAACAUUAUACCAUCGUCCAUCUAUUCAUUCCUACGCAUUUCUAUACUAUACGUAUACAUAUGUCUUCUUCAGUUUUGAUCCUGUGUUGGGCCAUGCUUGUGUGGAGCUUGGGAGCGUCUGUGUUCGCUUCGCCUGGAUCUCGCCGCAGUCUUCUCCGGGAGAUCAGCGAUGCCAGUGGCGGCGGCGCCGUCGCCGUCGCCGGCGACGAGAAGCGAGACUACGCUGUGGACUUGAACGCCACGGACUUUGAUGUGGUUCUUAAAGAGACUCCCGCCACCUACGCCAUUGUUGAGUUCUUCGCUCACUGGUGCCCUGCAUGCAGGAAUUAUAAGCCACAAUAUGAGAAGGUUGCUCGACUUUUUAAUGGAGCAGAUGCUAUUCAUCCAGGACAUGUAUUGAUGACAAGAGUAGACUGUGCAUUGGGGUUAAAUUCCAAUCUUUGUGAUAAGUUCUCUGUGGGGCACUACCCUAUGCUUUUCUGGGGGCCUCCGAAAAAAUUUGUUGGUGGUAGUUGGAAUCCAAACCAAGAAAAAGGUGACAUAAUCUCUAUAGAUAAUGGACGCACGGCAACUCUCUUGCUAGACUGGAUCAAUAAGCAAUUGGGCAGCUCAUAUGGUUUGGAUGAUGAGAAGUACGAGAAUGAGCAUAUUGAAACAAGUACUGCAGAUCUUGAGCAGAUUGCCAGAGCUAUAUAUGAUGUUGAGGAGGCAACUUCUACUGCCUUUGAUAUCAUCUUAGGGCACAAGAUGAUUAAAUCAGAGACAAAAGCAUCUUUAAUAACAUUCCUUCAACUUUUGGUGGCUCAUCACCCCUCUAGAAGAUGCCGGAAGGGCAGUGGAGAGAUUCUUGUUAUCUUUGAUGAUAUAUGUUCAUCUGAAGCAUUGUCCAAGAACAAAGACGAAACUGUCGACUGUACCAAAAAGGGUGUGCUGGGACAAUACCAGAUUUGCGGGAAAGAGGUUCCUCGUGGAAAUUGGAUGUUUUGUCAUGGAAGUAUGAAUGACACUAGAGGUUUCAGUUGCGGGUUGUGGGUGUUGUUACACUCACUCUCUGUAAGAGUGGAGGAUGGAGAAAGUGAGAUGGCAUUUAAAGCUACCUGUGAUUUCAUACACAACUUUUUUCUAUGUGAUGAGUGUAGGGAGCAUUUUCACGAGAUGUGUUCAAGUGUUUCUAGUCCAUUGAAGACUGCCCGAGACUACGUCCUGUGGUUGUGGAAAGCGCACAACAACGUGAAUGAUAGACUAAUGAAACAAGAAGCCUCAUUAGGGACAGGCGAUCCUAAAUUUCCAAAGGUUAUCUGGCCUCCGAAACAGCUUUGUCCAUCCUGCUAUCUUCGCCAAAGCAAAAAUGGCGAUGGAAAUAACCGGAUCAAAUGGGAUCACAAUGAGGUCUUCAAGUUCCUGGUUAGUUACUAUGGAAAGACACUCGUAACUCUCGACAAGGACAAGGAACUUCUAGUAGGCGACGGUGACAAAGCAACUUCCGAAGAUUUGGUAGCUUCAGCUAACAUGGUAGCCGUGCCAGUCGGGGCUGCAUUUGCAAUUGGUGUGGCCAGUUGCACAUUUGGAGCGCUCGCUUGCUUCUGGCGAUCACGGCAAAAGACCCGGAAGCCUAAGGAAAGCUGGAAAGAUUACAGGGCUAAUGCACUGGCUGUAAAGUAAGGUUGCCCAGAGUACAAAGCAAGAGACUGUAAGUUUUAUUGAACUUGCACAGCACAUAUUUUUCAUUGGAAAAUUCUAUCCAAAAUGGACCAUACAGAUUUACUCCUGAUUUUGUAGCUUGGACGAAACUAUAACAGAAUUUUUCGUGUCGUGAUUUUAUAUCAUGGAUUGAGCUUCUAAGUUUAGUAAAAGCACAGUAAUGCAAUUCUUGCAAGUUACUUUUUAUCCGUAA